AUGGAGGAUGCCCAGGGCUCGGCAACUAGAGGUUGUGAAGGUAACAUGCAUCAAGGGACAAGGGAGGCAAGUAAGACAGGGCAAGUGGCCAAGACCACGUUCGGUGAGGAAGAGCACAAGGUUGGCAGUGAGAUUGGCAUUAAGACUUGGGAUUCGAAGAGCGGGCUUCAUGUACUCAGUGAUAAUGAACAUACUGGUUCACUGGCAGGUAAGGGGUCCGUGGCGCAGGGUGAGGAAGAAAUUGAAGAGGCUAUCGGGGAGGGAGUAAGUGAUGGAAAAAUUGGGGGAACGGGUGACAAUCUGAAUUCAACAUUGGAAGAGCAAAUGCUGGAAAAUAAAAGGACGUGGGAUCUAGCAGUGGAAUCUGGUACUAUCCUAUAUGACGAAGAAGAGGAUAUCAUGGCCAUUCUACAAUCUCAGAAUGAAGAAAUCGCACGAAGAAGAAAGGGGUUGGGGGGAGAUGGGAAGUUGAGUAUGGUUAAGAACUUAAGGAAGAAAUAUAGACUGAAUAUGCUAGGCCUGAUUGAAACUAAAAAACAAGUUGUGACGAGAUUUGAUGUUGCACGUCUGUGGGGUUGUAGUAGUGUAGGGUGGGAAUAUGUUGCGGCUGAUGGUGCUUCGGGUGGGUUGUUGUUAAUGUGGGAUGAUUUCAUGUUCAAGAUGAAUAAUUGUUAUAAAGGGGAGAGAUGGCUGUGUGUUGAAGGGGUCUUAUUAAAGAAUAAUUUCAAUUGUUCCUUUCUUGUGGUUUACGGUCCUCAUGAUAGAGGGGACAAACUUGUUGUGUGGGAGGAGCUGAGCUAUGUUGCUGGAUUAUGUCAGUCCCCUUGUUGCUUCAUGGGAGAUUUUAAUGAGAUUGUCCAUGUAGAAGAAAGAAAAGGUGCAUGUAGUUUAACAAUAGCUGGUGAAGAGUUUAAAGACUGGAUACAGGAUAUGCAAUUGGUGGACAUACCGCUAAAUGACCGUAAGUAUACAUGGUUUAGAGGCUGUUCCUGUAGUCGGAUUGACAGAGUAAUGGUUAGCUUGGAAUGGGUUGAGGAGUUCCCUGAGACCCGACUAAGAGGAGGACCAAGGGGUUUAUCAGAUCACUACCCAUUGAUAAUGGAAGUUACCAAGAUAAGAGACGGCCCAAGACCUUUUAGAAGCCUAGACUCAUGGUUUACCCAUGAAGGUUUUCUAAGAAUGGUUAAAGAGGAAUGGAGGGGUUUAGGGGAGAAAAAUAUCAUAGAGAAAUUAAAGGUGUUGACAGCUCCUCUAGGGAGAUGGCACAAGGACAACUUUGGGGACAUGGAUAAGAAAAUCCAGCAGCUUGAGGAAGAGAUGAAGAAACUGGAUGAUAAAGUCAGUAGCGGAGUGCAUGAUGGAACUCUGGAGGCAAGAAGGAAAGCACUGGUGACCUGCUGUGAGAGAUUGUAUGUCAGAAAAGAGUUGCACUGGAAACAAAUGUCACGAUCUCGGCACGCGAAGGAUAUGGACAAAAACACCAAGUACUUCCACCAGGUAGCCUCCACUAGAAGGCGGAAUAACAGGAUUGAUGCUUUGAUGAUAAAUGGGAGGUUGGUUAGGAACUCAGCUAGAAUAAAGAUUGCUAUCCGAGGGUUUUAUAAACAGUUGUACUACCAAGAGGAGUCUCCUAAGGUGGGCUUCAGGGAUGGAUUGGUGACAAGGAUAUCCGAGGAGGAGUCUGUGGAGCUAGAGGUUUUGCCAUCAACUGAAGAGAUUAAAGAGGCAGUGUGGGACUGUGAAUCAUCUAAAGCUCCAGGUAGUGAUGGGUACAACAUGAAUUUUAUUAAGAGGUGA